UCUGAGCAGCUGGACUGGGACUCGCAUGGCUGGGCUCCCCCCUUCCAGCUGUGCUCAGCCCCUUCUUGCCACCCCCCACGGGUUUCUCUCGGGUUACUUGGCGGAUAUAUUUUCCAAGUGUGGUCAAGUCCUUGGUGUGGCCUGGUUCUCCCCCCUGCCCCAGCCCUGGGAUGGGGGUCCUGGGCUCUUUGGCUCACGCUGAAGGCUGUGGAUGAAAGGUGAUCAGCUGUCAAUGGCAGGGCAAUCUCUGCCCCACACCUGCCCCCCAGGAGGGGCCUGUGUGGGAAGGAUGAACCUAUUGCCAAUGCUGGGAGGUGGCUUGGGUUUCCCACUGAGUUUCACACAGACAUCAAAGCAUUUCCCCCUCCAUCACCGAGCUGAGAAGUUGCAGGCCCACACAUAGCUCCCCCCACCCCAGGCUGCCCAAUCCCUGCCUCACCCACCUUGGCCCAGGCAGGGAGGGGCACCUGCUAAGGCUUCCAGCCAGUGAGAAAGGAACUGGGCCUCUGGGCUUGCUGUAGAAGAGGUUUAAAUCCCAGGGGGGACUCCAACCCCUCCUCAAUGAGUCCUGAUGCCUGACAAGCAAGGCUGGGGCCCAACUCCCAACACUGGGCUCAAGGGCUGGGGCGUAAGACUUGAGGAGCAGGGCCACGGGGACGUCGGACACCAUGAGCUCAGCUCCCAGCCACCAGCAGCUGGACCACGUCUUCAGCGCGGUGGAGAGUGGGCUGGAAGUGAGCAGCGAGAAGGGGGAUGCCUUGGAGAGGGAGAUCAAGGUGGAGCUGGAGGAGAAGGAGCUGUGGACGAACUUCAAGGAGCUCACCAAUGAGAUGAUCGUCACCAAGAUGGGCCGGAGAAUGUUUCCUGUGCUGAAAGUCAGCAUCUCAGGCCUGGACCCCAACUCCAUGUACUCGAUCCUGCUGGACUUUGUGGCUGCAGAUGGGAAUCGCUGGAAAUACGUAAAUGGAGAGUGGAUCCCCGGUGGGAAGCCAGAGCCCCAAAGCCCAAGUUGUGUCUACAUCCACCCUCAAUCCCCCAACUUCGGGGCUCACUGGAUGAAAGCCGCCAUCACCUUCAGCAAAGUCAAACUCUCCAACAAGAUGAAUGGAGGAGGGCAGAUCAUGCUGAACUCCCUCCAUAAGUACGAGCCCCGUGUCCACAUUGUGAAGGUUGGGAGGCCGCAGAAAACGAUCAGCAGCUUUUCCUUCCCGGAAACUCAGUUUAUUGCUGUCACUGCCUACCAGAACGAGGAGAUCACGGCCUUGAAGAUUAAACACAAUCCCUUUGCCAAAGCCUUCCUGGAUGCCAAGGAGAGGUGCAACUCCAAAGAGGUUCUCGAAAGCAGCAGUGAAUCUCCCCAGGCUGCCUAUUCACAGAUUGGGGGCUGGUUCCUGCCAGGCACCAGCCCCUUCUGCUCCUCUCCUGCCCAGACUUCAUUGUCAGGGGGUCCUGGCCUCUCACCCAGCCCCAGCUCAUACUGCGAGCAGUACUCCAGCCUACGGAGCCACAGACCCUCUCCCUACCCAAGUCCCUACAGCCAGAGGAAUGCCUCACCAACUAAUUAUGUGGAUAGUUCUGCUGGCCUCUCCAUGCUGCCUGCCCCUGACAGCUGGUCAGGACUGAGUCUCUCCAGCUCCACCGGGGUCUUACCCACCGCUGCCUCUACCACAAGCCAAUAUCCCAGCCUGUGGCCCCUCACCAGCAACUCCAUCAGUCCUGCUCCCCAAUCCAGCUCUAACCCCCCCUUCUUGAGAGGUUCUCCAGUCUCUUACAGCAGCAUGGCCCCUACUCUCCCAGCUCCCUCGCCCUCCCCAGUCUAUGACAACAUUCUUCUGCCAGAGAUACCUGCAAGCGAUAGUCAGUACGACUCCACUAUCGCUCGCCUGGCAUCCACAUGGGCAACCAUCACUCAGAGUUACUGAGGCUGAGAAGAUGGCUCCUGUCCUCUUAAAGGAUAACAGGCAGAGGGCAACACAAGGGGCACCUGAGCUCAAUCCCCCCCAAGGCAACGCUGAGUCUCUCAGACUGGUGCCGAGCAACGUUCUGCCAGAAGAGAAUGCUUCUCCAAUUUCACUGCUCUUUAGCAGCCAUGGCACGAAAUGGAAGUCUACAAAGCCUCCUGAGUGACUGAAGGAUGACUCAGGUGGCACUCUGCACUCAACAGAACCAGGAGAUGGCUUUCUAGGAGAGACUCUGUUUUCCCUCUGAGUUUGGAAACCCAAGACGACAAAUGUAUCUUGGCUGCCUUGAAAGAUAUCUGAACAAAUGAAUGUUCUUUCCUACCGCUCAAGACUCCAGAAGAUCACAAUCCAUCCAGGCAACAUGUCAUCUCAUGCAAGCAAGAGACCCACCAAGGGGUAGAACAUAUAAGCAUGCACAGCCCGGGGCCCCGCCAAGCUCUGUGUAUUAUCUGUGUAGAACUUUGCUUGUAAAUAAACCUUUUUUGAAAACAA